CUCACUCUGGCGUCAAGAAGCAAGUUGCCCUCUAGACGAGAGAAUCCCUAAAAAGGCCCUAUUUCCUCUUCCACUCUCAAUCCUCGCAGAUUUUGUAUCCUGUGCGCGGACUGGACUGGUAGGAAAUAUCGGGAAAUUUCCCGAAAAAUCGGUAAAAAAUCGGCGAUACAAACCGAAAUUUGGCCGAGGCGAUUUUUUUGAAGAUUUCGCUGAUUUUUCGCAUGCAGCCGAUUUUUCGCCGAUUUUAACCGAAAUUUGACGAAAUUCUCCCGUCGACAUUUCACCCCCCUCUUUCGUAUCGUCGGCCACCGAAACCGGAAAUUUCGGCGAAAAAAAUGGGAACUUUCAUCCAUGGAUGCGACUAUGUGUCAUUAGUGAUAACAUUUCCAAGUUUACAAAAGUAUACUUGAUUACUAUAGUAUUCAUAAAUAAAAUAUACAAUAUUUAAAUUAAAACCAAGUUAUUGACACGUCACUCGCCUUUUGUAUAAUUUUUACUCGAAUAUAAUGGGAACGAGGCUGGAAAUGCAAAAAACGACGACGUUUAGAGCGUGCCUUACAGAAACGGAGUAAUUUGGCUGCAGAAGUCCCGUUUUGUUUGGGUGACCCAAAACGCGUCGUUUUAAUAUGUUUCAGAUCUUAGUUUUUUGUUCAACCCAUCAGAAUCAGAAGAAGACGAGACGACGGCGACCACGACGACGAAGGAGAGUAAGAUCGGAGGUCUAGAUCUGAACGGCUAGUAUCUGUGGAUCAGAAAUGGUGCUGAUAUCGGCCGUACGUGAUUAUAUGUCCCGGAUGUUGCAGGACAUCUCGGGCAUGAAGGUUCUUAUCCUCGAUUCUCAAACGGUUAGUAUUGUGAGUGUUGUUUAUUCUCAAUCAGAGCUUCUUCAGAAAGAAGUGUUUCUUGUAGAAUUGGUGGAUUCCAUUUCCAUGUCGAAGGAAUCCAUGUCGCAUCUCAAAGCUGUCUAUUUCCUCAGGCCAACCUCGGAGAAUAUUCAGCAUUUACGACGGCAGUUUGCUAGUCCUAGAUUUGGAGAGUAUCACCUGUUUUUUUCCAACAUUUUAAAGGAUACUCAGAUUCAUAUUUUAGCUGAUUCGGAUGAGCAGGAGGUUGUCCAGCAAGUUCAGGAGUUCUAUGCAGACUUUGUUGCAAUAGAUCCUUUCCAUUUUACUUUGAACAUGCCAUCGAAUCACAUUUAUAUGCUCCCAGCAGUUGUAGAUCCUUCAGGUUUGCAGCACUACUGUGAUCGAGUUGUUGAUGGCAUUGGGGCAAUUUUCUUGGCUUUAAAACGACGGCCUGUUAUUCGAUAUCAACGAACCUCUGAUAUUGCAAAAAGAAUUGCACAGGAAACAGCGAAACUGAUGUACCAGCAGGAAAGUGGUCUUUUUGACUUCAGACGAACGGAAGUAUCUCCAUUAUUGCUGGUAGUUGAUAGGAGGGAUGACCCUGUCACUCCACUUCUCAAUCAAUGGACAUAUCAGGCAAUGGUUCAUGAGUUAAUAGGUAUCCAAGAUAAUAAAGUAGACCUGACAAACAUUGGCAAGUUUCCUAAAGAUCAGCAGGAGGUUGUCCUGUCGUCUGAACAAGAUGCAUUUUUUAAAGCUAACAUGUAUGAGAACUUUGGAGAUAUUGGAAUGAAUAUCAAAAGAAUGGUGGAUGAGUUUCAGCAAAUUUCAAAAAGUAACCAGAAUAUUCAGACAGUAGAAGAUAUGGCUAAAUUUGUUGACAAUUAUCCCGAGUACAAAAAAAUGCAUGGCAAUGUUUCAAAGCAUGUUACUAUGGUCACAGAAAUGAGCAAGAUAGUUGAAGAGCGAAAGCUUAUGUUAGUUUCACAAACGGAACAAGAUUUGGCUUGCAAUGGUGGGCAAGUGGCCGCAUUUGAGGCUGUGACAAAUCUCUUAAAUGAUGAAAGAGUUUCUGAUGUUGAUCGCUUACGCCUAGUGAUGUUGUAUGCUUUGCGCUAUGAGAAGGAAAGCCCUGUUCAACUGAUGCAGCUUUUCAACAAGUUGGCAUCCCGGUCUGCAAAAUACAAGCCUGGGCUUGUCCAAUUCCUCUUGAAGCAAGCAGGUGUUGAUAAGCGAAUUGGGGAUCUAUAUGGAAAUCGAGAUCUCUUAAAUAUUGCUCGUAACAUGGCUCGUGGGCUGAAGGGGGUUGAGAAUGUGUACACCCAACACCAGCCUCUUCUAUUCCAAACUAUGGAAAGCAUCAACAAAGGGCGGUUAAGAGAUGUGGACUACCCCUUCAUUGGAAAUCACUUUCAGCAGGGCAGGCCGCAAGAUGUGGUGAUUUUCAUCGUUGGUGGGACAACAUAUGAAGAGUCACGUUCCAUUGCUCUACAAAAUGCCAGCAAUUCUGGGAUUCGUUUUAUACUUGGUGGAUCUGUGGUUCUCAAUUCUAAGAGGUUUCUGAAGGACCUGGAAGAAGCUCAGAGGAUAGCACGCACCAGCACCAAUGUGGUUUGAAGUUGACUUGUGGUCAUACUUGGCAUCUUAAAGCCAUGUAAAUAGGUUUUUUGUGAGUCAAUACGGGAUUUUGAGCAGCAACUCCAUAACAUAGAUCCAUCAGAAUCAGCCUAUACCAUCAUGAAAUGGAGUUGACAUUUAUGGAUUUACAGAGAGGAUAAAGGUGAAAUAGAUUUUGAGGAGGAAGAUCUAAAAGCCCUAAAGCCAUCAUGGAGGAUUGUAUCUUAAAGAAAAAUCAUGACUACUAAUUUCUUGUAUUGUGAAGCCAGGUAUCCUUCAGUUCAUAAAAGUCUGUUUCUGUGUGAUGAAAGAAGGAACUGUAAUUUCAUAUAUCAAGAAAACCCCUAUUCUUUGUCUUUUUUCAUUUUUUAUUAUUUUAUUUUAUUUUAUCUUUCCAUCUUUGUAGUUAUAUUAUCAUGAUUAUUACCACUUUUGAGAAAAAACCAUUACAAGUAAUCAAUGUUGAAGAUUUUUAUUUUUACAA